AUCCGGCUCGGCCCGACGUCCCGCUCUUCCACCACAAUCGAUGUCGGGCCCGCCGUGACCCCAUAUAAGAACUGGUGGCGGAGGAUGCAUGCCAGCACUUUGUCUCCUCCAUCUUGAGCUCGAGGCAUAGUAUCCCGAUGGCACCUAUCAAGACCUGCGUUAUUGGCGUCGGCCUUGGCGGCCUCACCUUCCAUGCCCCCUUCGUACUCGCUCUUCCGCAUCUAUUCACCCUCCAUGCCGUGAUGGAACGCAAUCCGGCUACUCCUGGGGGUAAAUUGCAAGCCCGCUUCGGAGAAGAAGCAGCCAAGGGCGUCACGAUCCAUCGUACCUACGAUGCUGUCCUCGCGGACCCCGAUGUCGAGCUGGUGGUGAUCAGCACCCCGAGCGAGACCCACUACGAGUUCGCGAAGAAGGCGCUCGAGGCUGGAAAACAUGUCCUCGUCGACAAGCCUGUGACUGCGCACUUCUCGCAGGCGCAGGAGCUCGGCGCGCUCGCCAAGUCUAAGAACCUCGUCCUCUAUCCGUUCCAAAACCGCCGCUGGGACUCGGAUUUCCUUGCCCUCAGGAAACUGCUCGACCUCCCCGCCGACCAUCCGCAGUCUCUCGGGACGCUCUACGAGUUCGAGUCUCGGUUCGAUCGCUUCCGGGUGGAACUCAAAGGAACGUGGAAGGACCUCCCUCUCGAGGCCAACGGUCUUGUGUACGACCUCGCCGCGCACACCAUCGACCAGGUCCUCGUCCUCUUCGGCCGCCCGACCAAGCUCACCGCCUUCAGGGAGAACAUCCGCGGCAUCGGCAGCAAAGACGUCGAUGAUGCUUUCACGAUCUUCCUCCACUACCCGCCCCGGCCCGCGGCCCCGGGCCACGUCCAGCCGACGUCGUUCACCGCGAUCCUUCGCGGCCACAUCCUCUCCGUGCGCUCGCCACAGGUGCGGUACGUCGUGCGCGGAACGCACGGCACGUACCUAAAGUACGGCGUCGACGUCCAGGAGGACCAGCUCAAGGUCAUCCCGAGCCCCGCGGGCAUCGUACAGAGCGAGUCGUACGGCGUCGAGCCCGAGGAGAUAUACGGGACCGUCGAGAGCCUGGGCGAGGGGGGCGAGGUGGUCAAAUCUGUAUGGCCAUCCACCGAGCGCGGACAGUAUGUGAAGCUGUUCGAGAACGUCGCGGCGGUCAUCAGGGACGGCGCCGAACAGUCGGUCAAGUGGGAGGAGUCCGCGGAAGUCAUCGAGCUGAUCGAGCUGGCGUACAAGAGUGCUGCUGAGGAGCGCACACUGCCUGUCCCUCCGCGUCAGUGAAGGGCCCCGAGAGAUCGCUUUCAGAGGGGAGCGUGACGAUACCACCAGGUGAAGUUUGAAAUCUGUAUCCUAUUUUAUCCAAAAUGUAUCUGUAUGCCAUGGCAGUUGAUGUCGCGACGCAGAGCGCGAAGCGGGAGCAAGAGCACGGAUGAUGCUUAGAUGAUUGUUGAUGUUAGUAUACGGGUUCGACUAAGCGUCCUGUUCUCAUCUUACUAGCAAUCGUCAU